UACUUAAAUUAAUUAGCCAGCACUUAUAUAUAUAUCUUCACAAUAUGUGCAUGUUUCCAUGCAUAUAUGAAAUAAAAUUUAUUAUUUUUUUUUCUAAAAAUAAAUAAAUAAAUAAAUUCCAUGAAUAAUUCCACGAGUCGUAGAGCAUGGAGGCCGGAAAAGAUAGCGAUCAUCGGCGCCGGCAUAAGCGGCCUCCUUGCAUGCAAACACGUCAUCGAAAAAGGGUUCGAACCGGUGGUUUUCGAGGCCAGGAAUGACGUCGGCGGCGUAUGGUCGUGCACCAUCGAAUCAACUAAGCUCCAAAACCCAAAAGGGUAUUUCCAAUUUUCCGAUUUCCCGUGGCCGAGCUCUGUCGAGGAGACGUUCCCGGACCAUAACCAAGUUCUAGACUAUCUCAAGUCCUAUGCCCUCCAUUUCGAUCUCAUCCCCUUCAUCAAAUUCAACUCUAGGGUUCUUGCCAUAGAUUACAUGUCCGACGACGAUCUCGACAUGAGAUCGAAUUGGUACCUAUGGGGUGGCACCGGCGCAGCCUUUUCACCGAAAGGGAAAUGGAACGUCGUCGUCGAGGAUGCUCUCCAUCCAUUGAAUCCACCUAAGGUGUAUAAGGUAGACUUUGUGCUUCUAUGCAUUGGAAGAUUUAGCGAUCUUCCUUACAUGCCCGAAUUUUGGAGAGGAGAAGGCCAAGUUAGUGAAGAGAUGUUGAAAUUCAAUGGAGUUGUAAUCCACUCCAUGGACUAUGCUGCCAUGGACAGAAUUGAAGCUCGAAAACUCGUCGAAAAUAAACGAGUAGCCAUCGUUGGGUUCCAGAAAUCGGCACUUGACAUCGCAGUCGAACUCGCCCAACUCAACGGAGUGAAGAAUCCAUGUACAUUAGUCCUGAGGAGAGCACACUGGUCGGGCCCUGAAAAUUUGGUGAGAUUCAGCUUCAGACACUUCAACAGAUUCUCAGAAUUUAUGGUCCACAAACCUACCCAGGGCCUCCUCCUUUGCUUUCUCGUAUUUAUUCUUUCACCUUUGCGAUGGAUCUUCUCAAAAAUGGCGGAAUGGUAUCUCCGGUGGAUCUACCCGCUCAAAAAAUACGACAUCGUCCCCACCCACUCCUUCCUCGAGCAGAUCUAUUCCUGCAGAUUCAUGGUCAUGCCCGACCAAUUCUACCGCAAGGUCCAAGAGGGAAGUCUCCUCCUGAGAAAAUCUCGCGUCUCGGCGCUCUCCGGCGACUCCCUGGUUCUCGCCGACGGGAAGCCUCCGGUGUCCGCCGACGUCGUCAUCCUGGCCACGGGGUACAAGAGCGACGAGAAGAUUGCCAACAUGUUCACGUCAGUCCACUUCAAGAAAUGCAUAAUGGGAUCGUCGUCUCCCUUCUACAGAGAGUGCAUUCAUCCCCGAAUUCCGCAGCUGGCAAUAAUGGGGUACUCUGAGAGCCCGGCGACGAUAUUUACCUUCGAGAUGAGAGUGAAAUGGGUGGCCCAUUUUCUGGCGGGGAAGUUCCGGCUGCCGGCGGUGGCGGCGAUGGAGGAGGAGGGGCGGAAGUGGGAGGAGAACGCCCGGCGGUACAGCGGGGGGAGCUACAAGAGGUCGUGUGUGGGGGUGAUGCUGCAGAUAUAUUGCAACGAUGAGAUUUGUCGGGACAUUGGGUGCAGUCCUAUGAGGAAGAAGUGGUUUCUGCCUGAGCUUUUUACUUGCUAUCAUCCCCACGAUUAUGCAAAUGUUUAAUUUAAUUUUAUUUGAUUUGAUUCUCUCUCUUGUGUGUAAUAAACAAACAGGGUUCUUUGUUUAAUGUAUACUGUUGACUUGAAUUAAAUCCAAUUUGGGAUAUGUUGUAGUAAAAAUGAGAUCUUGAU